CCUGACGUCUGCACUUUCAUUUGGAGAAGAGCCACUUGCUAUUCUUAUUACUCGGCUCUGCAGUGACCGAGGGACAGAUUUAUGUCCUCUGUCCACGUCUUCAUUCUGCACCUCUGUUACUGGUGAAAAUGCUUCAGCUUGUUGUUCAGCUCUGAGCAGGCAGCUUUAGACACACCAUCAUGAGCUCCAGCCUGGUCAGCUCUAUAGCCAAGAUGUACGACCCAAACCCUCUUCACGGCCAGAAGCUUCCAGGGAGGAAGUUCUCUCUGGGUGGAUCAGACCGGCCUCCAGCCUCGUCUUCGUCCCCUCAGCUCGAUGCCUCCCUGCGCUGCAUGGAGAGCAGGAUGGACUCCCUGAGCUCCCAGAUGGAGCGRCUGCUCCACAUGCAGCACACCGUGCUGACCCGGCUGGACGGCCUGUCCCAGGACGUGAGGGGCAUGGGUCUGGACCUGGCCUCCAUGCGUGAGGAGGGGAGACGAGGGUCGGGGGUGGAGGCGGUCUGCAGGGAGCUGAGGGGGGACUUGGACCGGGCAGGUGAGAGGAUCGAGAGUCAGGGGCGCKGGCUGGACGGGGUGGAGAAGCUGGUGGAGGGCACCCAGCAGGUGAUCAGCCUCAUCGGGGAGGUGGUGAAGAACUCCAGGCUGGUGGAGCUUUUCUUCAAACAGCCUGCGAACAAAACCAGCAGGAAGGCCAAGGAUGAGAAGGACAGAACCAAACAGAACCUAAAGGGCGGGAAGGUUCAGAAGAAACGGAAACCUCAGGACUCAUCAGAUUCACCCUCUCUGAAUGAGUCCGCUCUGCAGAAACAUGUGGAAAAGCUCAACAGGGAAAACUUGGAGCAUUCCCACGUGAACGAAGAGGCCGAGGUCCGGAGCGCAGAAGAUGCAGGAAGUAAAGGAAGCAGGCAGGAGCCGGAAGAACUGAUCCUGGAUGGGUCAGACACAAGACAAGAGGACAGGAGGAAGGACACUGAGGACGGUAAAGAGGAUCUGUUUGACGACACGGAGGAAGAGGAGGCAGAUGAUUUGACAGAACAGAGCAGGAAGGUGGAGGGUAGCACAAAGACAAGUCUCAAAGGAGAAGAAAAAGAAAAGGACACGGACUCUCAGGAGAGCUCCGACGAUGCUGGAGCUUCUAGCAAACGUCGCGUCACAGAGGAAGACCUGGUGGUGAAGGACGACCUGAAGAAGAGCAGAGUGGAGGACAGAGUGGAGGACAACACUGAGAAACCCGAGGAGGAGACCCCAAAAUCUGCUGAAGCAAAGGCCGAAGCUAAAGCUGAAACCUCGGCCGUGAAAGACUUCACAAUUGACUCCAGCCCCCCACCGUUAGCACCUUUCGACCACCGCAUCGUGACCCCCAAGCCCCAUCAGAUCGCCACCUAUUACACCAUAAACAGAGACGAGGUCCUCGGCGGGGGUCGUUUYGGACAAGUCUACAAGUGCCUGGAGAAGUCAUCUGGUCUGACUCUCGCUGCCAAGAUCAUCAAAGCUCGGAACCAGAAGGAGAAGCGUGGAGGGAGGCGAGCUCUUCGAUCGCAUCAUCGAUGAGAACUACAACCUGACGGAGCUGGACACGGUUCUCUUCAUACAUCAGAUCUGCGAGGGCCUGCAGUACAUGCACAAAAACUACAUCUUACACCUGGACCUCAAGCCGGAGAACAUUCUUUGUGUCAGCAGAGCCACCAACAAGAUCAAAAUCAUCGACUUCGGCCUGGCGAGGAGAUACAAACCAAGGGAGAAGCUGAGGGUCAACUUUGGGACGCCUGAAUUUUUAGCUCCUGAAGUAAUCAAUUAUGAGUUUGUGUCAUUCCCUACAGACAUGUGGAGUCUGGGAGUCAUCACGUACAUGCUGCUCAGCGGUCUGUCUCCGUUCCUUGGGGACGACGACAACGAGACGCUCAACAACAUCCUGUCCUGCCAGUGGAACUUCGAGGAGGAAGAGUUCGCCGACAUUUCCGACGAAGCUAAGGACUUCAUCACGCGCCUGCUGGUGAAGAGCAAGAGCUGGAGGAUGAGCGCCACCGAGUCCCUCAGGCAUACCUGGCUGUCGGAUCAAAACCUGCACCACCGGCUACACCAGAAGAAAAACAAGUGCCACACCACGCACGCUCCUCCCUCUGACAGCUGAACAGAAAGAUGGCGGCUCUCGGUGUUUGYGAUAUUGAAGGGCUUCCRGGGCCCAACACUUGGACCAAUACUGCUGUACCUGUAUGGCCCCUGGGUUAUUCUCUGCCUCACGUUUUUUACCUUUGCAGCGCUGCACAUCAUACGGGUCUGAGCUGGAAAUAAGGACUUUUUUAUGGCGGGGUAUUAGGGCCAAAAUUAAGAUUAUUGCGCAACCAGUGGUUGCUACGUCCUUGUAGCAGGAGGCUAUCUCUGUACCUAAUCCAGCUAUUGAUCUGAUUAAUGAU